AUGGCUCCUACUCCAGGCUCUUCUCAGCCCGGUUCACCCGACGCAGGUAUACUCGUGCAAGAACGGCAACCUGCGACUGUUGUCGAGCCGAAGCCUUCUACGAGUUCGUCAAAGAGGAAGUACGCGAAGGGAAAGAAGAAACCUGAUAACAUCUCGCACUUUGUCAAUUAUAUAAACGUCCGCUACGACACAUAUAUCAAGGCGAUCCUCUGCCAGAAAUCGAGGGAACUCUGGGAAUUUUCACUGCGUUCUCCCAAGGAUGCAUGCGACAGGUGCAAAACACAGGGAUUGGAGUGCCUCCCCGACGAGACAUGUCACUGGCGGUGCAAAGUGUGCAGAACCGGUUCCAGAAAGUCCUGUUCUUGGAAGACGGAUUUUAUCCUGAUGUUCACGGGAAGAGAUUUCGGACUGCCCUUAGAUGAAGCUCGAGACUGGUACUCCAGCGUCGACCACCCGCAGCUGAAACCGAGUCCCCAUGCGUUGGCCAAACUCGAUAAGGCACGACCUCCACCAAAACCGUACCCCAGGACCGACGGGCCGGUAGACCCUUGGCUUCGCUUUCAUGAAAUAGGUUUGAGAGCGCCGAUACUAGUCGUGAACGAUUCGGAAUUUGAAGGAACGGAGGAACCACCAGAAAAGCGGCCAAGGCUGUUGCCUACCGAAUCCGAGGAAGAAAAAGAGACGUUGUACCAGGAGCCAGAGGCACCAAGUUCUGAACCUGGUCCCCGGAGCACAACUCCACAGCCACUUGCAUUCCCAGCGGCGAAUGUCGCGUUCAGCCUAGUCUCAUUACGAAGGGCAUCACCCAGUCCACCGUCGACGCCCGCACACCUAGCCCCAACAGUGGGGCCGUACUCCAACCAGUCCAGUGCCGGAGGUUUCGAAGGAGACUACCCCAUCGAGUGUGCGCUUCUUGAGCAUCGCUUCAGAGCGACAGAAAUACAGAAAGAAACCAGCUUUCACCGAGGAUUCUUCGUCAGGAGCUUCGUCCAGUCCGGAUCGCCCAUCUCCAAAGCCUGUCGAAUCGCCUUCGCUCUCAACGACAAACAGCACAGCUAG